CGUCUGCCUCCAGCUCGACGACGUCCUUUAUAAGUCCGCGGCGGAGGUUUCCAAAUUCGCGACGGUGGCUUUAGUCGAUUUUGAUUCCGAGGCAGUGCAAGUUUACGUGAAGUAUUUCGACAUCACUUUGAUUCCUUCCACUGUUUUCUUCUUCAAUGCUCAUCAUAUGAAGAUGGAUUGUGGGACUGCCGAUCAUACAAAGUGGGUAGGAGAAUUUAAGACAAAACAGGACUUCAUUGAUGUUGUCGAGGCGAUAUAUAGAGGAGCAAUGAAAGGGAAGCUGAUUGUAACCUGUCCCCUUCCUCCAGAGCAGAUACCAAGGUUUCAGUUGCUGUACAGAGAUGUGUAACACUUAUAUAGUAGCUGUACUCCCUCUUUUCUAAUAUUUUUUUUCUUACAAUUUUUCUUCUUCUAAUUUAUAUAUAUUGAUGCUUGUUUUUAUUUUUAAAAACAAAUCUCAUGUCCUUCCAUUAUUAUAGCCAUGGUCCAAGG